GCCGAGUUCCUUCAGAUGGACUCCAUCAUCCUGCAAGAGCAGUUAGUGGCAAAGCUGCUUUUACCCCGCACUCAAACCCAACGGAGUCCUUCUGCCAAGCUGAAGGACCAUGAGAAGCAGUAUGUGGGCUUUGCCACUUUGCCCAACCAGGUCCAUCGAAAGUCGGUGAAGAAGGGCUUCGACUUCACUCUCAUGGUGGCAGGAGAAUCUGGUUUGGGCAAAUCAACCCUGGUGAACAGUCUCUUUCUGACAGAUCUCUACAAAGACCGGAAACUUCUCAACGCUGAGGAAAGAAUAAAUCAGACGGUAGAGAUUGUAAAACAUACUGUGGACAUCGAAGAGAAAGGGCGAGGGGUCAAGCUACGUUUGACCGUCGUGGACACUCCGGGCUACGGAGAUGCCAUCAACAGCCAAAACUGUUUCAAAACCAUCAUCCAUUAUAUCGACAACCAGUUUGAAAGGUACCUUCACGAUGAGAGCGGCUUGAAUAGGCGCCAUAUUGUAGACAAUCGAGUGCAUUGCUGCUUCUAUUUUUCCCCUUUUGGACACGGAUUGAAACCUUUGGAUGUGGAAUUCAUGAAGGCAAUUCACGGGAAAGUGAAUAUUGUCCCUGUCAUAGCGAAGGCAGACACUUUAACUUUGAAGGAAAGGGAACGACUGAAGAGAAGGGUGUUAGAUGAAAUUGCUGAGCAUGGCAUCCGGAUUUACCAGCUGCCCGAUGCCGACUCUGACGAGGAUGAAGAGUUCAAAGAACAAACGAGGAUCCUGAAUGAGCCAACGCAAUCGUAUCAUUACCAACAGCCCUAG